AUGGAGACACCUGUCACUUGGCCCGAGGGUUACUACCCUCAAGACGCAGUCGUCUCCCAACAAACAGCCGAACGCAUGCACGCCUCAACCGUCGCUGUCUCCUCUUCUUUCUCUUCCACCACGAUACCCGUAGCAAGGUCGCCUUCUCCUUAUCUUGCUACCAACACCAAUAUCACAGCUCUCACAGCAGGAACAGGGUCAAUACCAACAGCGACAAGCCCAGCUCGCACAAAGGUCCAACUGUCCAAAACCUUUCGCCCCGCUCCCAUCUCUGCUCCCUCUCCAACUUCAACAGCACCACCGACCUUCACACCUUCAUCCUCUACCCGGAAACCCAUCAAGUCUGCAUUGCCAAACUCUAGAGACGACCUCGAGUUCUGGGCCUCACUCUAUGCUCAACACCCCGUCAUCACCCAGCAGCGACAUGAACCAGCAGCCCUCUCACCACCACGGACCGUCAACAAGAAUUGCGGACCCUUUGUCAAAAUCUGGCAGGUGUUGAGAAAGACUCAUUUGAAAGAAGGAGAAGAGAGGGAUGAUCGCUCGGGCCGCUUCCGCUUUGAAACACUAGCUCCUGAAGAGAUACCGACCACGACCACAGCGACAAAGAUCUCGCCCAGCACAAGUUCCUUCUCGGUUGUCAUCUUUUUCACCGUCGAGGAAGGAGAGCAAAAGGAUAGUCAACAGAAAAAGUUUGGAUCUGGAUCUCGAAACUCGAAACGGUGGUCGUUGCCUCCGACCUUGCAGUUGUGGUGUGUCGAGUCGGCGAGGAACAGGAACAGGAUGCUGUUCAACCAAAAGGAACUCAUGGGCUCCUUUGUCCCCAACGCACUCAGCUUCCACCCGGACUCAAACGGACACGAUGUUUCAGCACCACUCUAUAUCUACGAGACGCAGACCUUGGGCUUGGAUGCUGUCAGCCAAGAAGGACCAAUGGUAUUGGAGUUGAAGCUGCAAAGCACCGAGGGAGCCAUCUAUUCUGACUUUUUCUACUUGUUUGUUCAGGAGAAGGAGGGUUUAGUAGGUGUUGGCAACGGCAAUUUUAUUGAGACAACGGUGAUGACCCCGCGAUCGCAAGGCAUAAAGCCUAGGAGCCUCGGCAGCAACGGUUCUGCAGGAGGUGAAAACAGACGGAGAUUGGUGGCUGGUGUCCAUAACAACGACAGCGCGGGAUCUUCGAUUGGUUCGCAUGAGAAUGAGCAUCACAAGGACCGAGGCGAAUGGGACAUGACCGAGGAUGAGCUUGACGAGGAGGAGGAAGAGGAGGAAGAAGAGGAGGCAGAGGACGACGACUUUGAGGAGAAGCCGAAUGGCAUCAAUGAUAAGAAAAAGUCGCAAGGUGGAGUAAGAGGAAGUGGUGGACCAGUGGAACCAGAUGCAGGAGAACAUCUCAUGCAGGCGACAUCUCAAUUCUUUUCCAAGAUGGGGUAUUGGCUGUACAACUCAAGGGUGGUGCAGUACAUUGCACGGGAUGAGCGGACAAGGAUCAAGACCGCCUUCCAGCCAGAGGACAUCUGGAUGCUCGGCAUCUGCUACAGUCUCCAACUACAACUCGACAACAACAAUACCAGUACUCUAAAACCUGUCGUUCAGGAACCUGUCGAGGAAGAAACGGAGGAUCACCACGACCAUACGGCAACAGAGGACAAUGCGUUGGUAACAGCAGCCUCGCAGGCUUCGAUACUGGUAAACGGUGGUGAAACUACACCUUCGGAAGGACCUGGACCCCACCGAUCCAUGUCUCUGACCAAGUUUACGACAACAACCCCAGACCGCUCACCUGCAACAUCUUCCAUCUCAUGCCAUGAAGCACAAUCACAUUCGCAUUCACGGGCUACAAUGACCGAUAAGGUUUCGGACACAGCAGCAGCAACACCAGCAGCGAGCACGUUGGACCAGCACGGUGCAGAAACUAACCCCUUGCCAUCACCCGCAGCCUCACCUAGUACAAAGCGAUCUUCGAAGCUAGCCUCGAGGUUUUCGAAGCUGAGUCUGGGGUCUGAGAGUUCUUUGGCCAAGGAGGCAGCGCGUCAAGGUCGCUCAUCUCCAGAUGCUGGCAAGGGAGACGCCGAGAAGACCGACUCCACAAGGACCGAGCCGACUCCCAGCCCUCGCAAGCCAGGAAAGCGCAGGAUGACUAUUUCGGGACUCUUUUCGUGGGACUCUUCCUCCUCUGACUCCAAGAAUUCUGUUCCACCACUGCCUACACUUCCUACCAGCAACAGUGUGUCAGCCCUCAAGAACUUGGUUCGACCCUCCGGCGCUAAAACUCAGCAAUCAGCAAGCGCAACUUUCCCUAGUACCUCGACAAAAGUAUCGCCACAGUCAACAAUCUUCAUGGACCCGGAAUCUCUGGAGGAUGAUGACUUUGCUAAUGUCGAAUACCCACCCGAACUUGUAGGACGACAAUCUACCUCUGGCUCUUCCUCAGCCUUGGGAUCUAUACCUGAACGCCGGUCCGUGCAUGCCACAUCUGAGGCGCAGACACUGGAGACAAGAAUGACACCAACACCACCACUACGAUUGUCAUCGUCGCAAUCUUCAAGAGAGCUGGAGGCGCCUGAUGCGGCGGCAGGACCCAAGAGGGAAAGGAGGCGCAAGACUAGUCAGAUGGUGGUGCAGGGACCGACGGAUCUGCAGUGCACGGACCAGCAACAGCAAUACCCGACCACUCAGGGAUCACCAUCAAUUUCGGAUAAUGUCUCAGGUUCCAUCACUUCUCGCACGAGCCAAUCGAGCGGUAACAGUAGUAGGCGGCAGAGCAGUGUGCCGCCCUCUACAUCGACGCCUUCCAAAGGGCGACCCAGGACGGCCACCUCUUCCAUCCCUUCUGUACCAUCAGCGUCGUCACCUUCACUACUUCCCGCGACACCUCCAGCUAGCAGUAAUAGUUCUUCAGGAUCGGCCAUUCGUCGUUCAUGGAGAUCUCUCUCGUUAUCUUUGGCUUCAGCGAAAUCGGCCCUACCACUUGUGUCCUCAUCCAGUUUCAGUCUUCGAUCUCCUAAGUUGCCACCUCACCUCAACGAAGCCAUGAUGCGCCGAGACUGUGGCGAAUUCGGAAGCGAGGAGGACUACUUUGCCAAUGCCUUCAACGUCCCUGGUUCUGUUACCCUCCCACCCGGAGUAACAGCCUCACUCGCCCUACUCCGGACCAACCCCUCAUCCACCACCAGCACCCUCACACCAGAGCAAGCAACCCUCAGCCUCUUCAUGAUGGACUUUCAAUCCCGACUAUGGUUCACAUACCGCAAGGACCUGGAACGGAUUGAACCUUCUUUUUACACCUGCGACUCUGGUUGGGGAUGUAUGAUGCGAACAGGACAAAGUCUGCUGGCUCAGGCGUUUGUCCAGGUGUUGAUGGGUCGCGAAUGGAGGGUUCAUCAUCAUGACCAACCUCUGCCGACGCAACGACGUCAGGGGAGGAGGUACAAGGAGAUUGUGAGUUGGUUUGUGGAUGAGGCUGAGAGGCCGUAUAGUAUUCAUCGGAUUGCGAAGCAGGGAUUAGCGUUGGAUAAGCGGAUUGGGGAGUGGUUUGGACCCUCCACCGUCGCCCAUGCCCUCAAGCGCCUUACAAAAUCGCACUAUGAUUGCCCGCUGAAGGUCAUAGUCCCAAUGGACGGAACCGUCCGCGUCUCGGCAGUUCUCCGUGCCGCCUCAUCUCACUACACAUCCCAUCUUUCAACCACAGCAGUCUCAUCAACCUCUCCCUCACCUUCCCCAGACCCUAUCCUGAGACCUACGCCUACACUGUUGCAGACGCAGGCUUGGAGACCUGUGCUGCUGUUGAUCCCCGCCCGCUAUGGCCUGGACAAGGUCACAGGGAAGUACAUCGCCAAUUUGAAGCAGCUCUUUCGGAUGCCCCAGUUCUUGGGUAUCGCCGGCGGGCGACCUAAUCGAUCGCUUUACUUUGUUGCUUCUCAAGGAGAUGAGCUGUUCUACUAUGACCCGCAUUUCGUGAAGCAGCGCGUAACACCUGAAGAACUGGACUCAUACCCCAUGCCCAGCUUCCACUGCCCAGUUGUAAGGACAAUGCACAUCUCAGAACUUGACCCCUCCAUGCUGCUUGGGUUCUUAAUCCAGUCUAGGGAUGAGUUGGAUGAUUUGAGAGUUCGGUUGGAUCGGGAUAUGGUCGAGGCUUCGUACCCGCUGCUCACAUUCGUUGAUGAUUCUGACGCUUCUGCAUUUGCUUUGUGA